AUGGGUGACAACGGAGACGAUUCCCUCAUCACCGAUCAUGCGAUCCUUCCAGGAGAGCCAUCACCAUUGAAAGCCUCAUCGCUCCAGGUCUACCGUCUUCAUCAAAUCCAAAGCGAGAUCCACACACGCCUUCACGCAUCGACGGUAGCUCCGCCGGCUUUAUGGCUCGAUUCCAUGGUGAACCGACUAGACCAAUGGCGUGCGAUGUGUCCCGAAGGAACAGGGUAUGUCAGCGACCAUUGGCAAGUUGUCCAACAUCAUGCGACGAUGUCCAUGCUUUACCGACCGUCCAGAGCGUCCUCAAACCCCGAUCGACAGGAAACAAUGACAGCUUUAGUCAGUGCCAGGGAGGUCAUCAGAAGGAGCAAAGACUUGUCCCGCAUGGGAAGGGUUGACUUUAUGGAUACGUUACUAGACAUCCAGACCUGCCUAGCUCUGAUGGAACGUCUUGCUGGAACAUCUGGUAUUCGAAACGCUUUCGAGGGUAUAUCCGAAAAGGUCAUUCGGCAUAUCAUGGCCACAUCAAGAGGAUCAGACUCGUCAUCGAGGCCUGUACGGUCACCAAUGAAUAAUCUAGCAGCGUUCUUGGUACAACCUCUGGGUGAAAAGAGUGCAGAAGAGUGGGAUGAGAAAGUUGCGGGGGUCCUACGACUCCUGCCAUGA